CGUUACGCGCAGCCCUUCUCCAUUUACGCAUGGGGAAGUUCACGGGAGGUGUUGUGUUUGGUUGUUUUUCUUGAGUGUGGUCAUCUCGGAGCACAUUCCUCUGAAAUAUGGCAGUGACAGUGAUGGUCUUGCGGACGUGUUUGCUGUUUCAGCUCGUGUGCGCAGCGGCCGGGCACAGCAGCAGGCAGAGGGUGUACUAUGUGGGGAUCGUGGAGGACUAUUGGGAUUAUGCUCCAAGUGGAAGAAACCUGCUCAAUGGCCAGACCAUCGACAGGGAUGAGUUUGCAUCCGUGUUUCUCACAGCAGCUCCUGAUCGUAUUGGCAGAGUUUAUAAGAAAGCUAUGUACAGAGAGUUCACAGACGGCACAUUUAAGCAGCUCGCUCCUCGUCCUCGAUGGCUGGGCUAUCUGGGUCCUGUACUCAGAGCUGAAGUGGGUGACGUGAUGGUGGUGCAUCUGAAGAACUUUGCAACAAGGAGCUACUCAAUCCACCCACAUGGAGUCUUCUACGAGAAAGAUGCAGAAGGAGCAUUGUAUCCAGAUGGUUCUUCAGGAAGGUUGAAGCAGGAUGACAUGGUGCAGCCUGGAGGCAAUUACACAUAUCGCUGGGAGGUCAGACCUGAGUUUGCACCUACAGAUGAAGAUGCUAACUGCCUGACUUGGGUUUACCACUCCCACAUAGAUGCUCCCAAAGAAAUUAACUCAGGGUUGAUUGGAGCUCUUCUCACCUGCAAGAAAGGAAUCUUAAAAGAUGGUAUGUCCCGGAGUGAUGUCGACCAGGAUGUUAUUUUAAUGUUCCAUAUUGUGGAUGAAAAUAAUAGCUGGUACCUGAAGAGCAACAUGCUCAAUCUAACCGAACCACCAGAUGUAAAGGAUAAAGACUUUAUUGAGUCAAAUUUGAUGCAUGCUAUUAAUGGUUAUAUGUUUGGUAACUUGCCCACUAUCGAUUUGUGCCAACACCGGACUGUGGCUUGGCAUCUUUUUGGGAUGGGCAACGAGAAUGACAUCCACUCUGUCUUCUUCCAUGGCAACACAAUCAUGGACCGUGGACAUCGGACAGAUGUCCUCAGUCUGUUUCCUGCCACUUUUGCAACAGCUGAGAUGGUCCCUAAGGCCGAAGGAAAAUGGCUUCUGGCUUGCCAGGUCAAUGACCACUUGCAGGCUGGAAUGCAGGGCUUUUAUGAGGUGAAGUCUUGUGGCAGUGAUGUGAGAUCCACUCCAAACACUGGGGUGGUGCGGACAUAUUACCUGGCUGCAGAGAAGGAGCUUUGGAAUUAUGGGCCCUCAGGAAGAGAUGUCAUCACUGAUGUCUCUUUGACUGAAUCUGAUAGUGACUGUGAGGUGUUCUUUGGCAGAGGAGAGGGUAGAAUUGGUGGACAGUACAUUAAGGUGCUAUACAAAGAAUACACAGAUGACAGCUUCACCACGAAAAAAACACAAUCUUCUGGACACAGACAUUUGGGAAUCCUGGGUCCUGUUCUGAGAGCCGAAGAAGGAGACACACUUGAAGUUGUAUUCAAGAAUAAGGCUGAUAGAAAUUACAGCAUCCAACCUCACGGCCUCCACUAUAACAAACGCUUUCAAGGCGCUAGCUACAUAGAUGGAGUGGACAAGCCUGGUUCUCACGUUAGUCCAGGGGAGAGUUUCACCUACACUUGGCAGGUUUUGGAAGGUCCCUCAGUGUCAGACCCUCCAUGUAUCCCAUAUCUGUAUUACUCUGCAACGGACCCAUCCAGAGACACCAGCUCUGGGCUUGUGGGACCUCUGCUUGUGUGUAGGAAAGGCGCCCUGACAGAAAGUGGAACCCAGGUGGGCGUGGACAAGGAGUUCUUUUUUCUCUUCUCUGUCAUGGAUGAAAACAUGAGCUGGUAUUUGAAUGAAAAUAUAGAGCGUUAUGGCAACAGACAGACUAAUCCUGACGAUGAGGAUUUUGUUGAAAGCAAUAAAAUGCAUGCUAUAAAUGGACGGAUGUAUGGGAAUCUGCAAGGUGUGGAAAUGUGCGCUGGGGACAGGGUCAGAUGGUACACAUUUGGCCUGGGCACAGAGGUGGAUCUCCAUGGAGUUUAUUUUGAAGGGAACACUUUUGAGAAGCAGAGCACCACUCGAGACACUGUGAGCCUAUUUCCUCAUACCACCACAACCGUCGACAUGCAACCAACCAGCCCUGGUGUUUUUGAAAUGAGCUGCAGAGUAACGGACCACUACUCGGCUGGGAUGAGGCAGCAGUAUGAAGUCAAACAGUGCAGUGGACACAACUUCAGUGCUACUGAGGAUAAACCAAAGAAAACUGUGGAAUAUUUUAUCAGUGCAGAAGAAAUGGUGUGGAACUACUCUCCAAAGAGACAAUGGGAGCUGGAGAAACAUGGCACAGGAAAAAACAGCCCUAGUAAUAUAUUUGUGGAACAAGGGAAGAACAUGAUUGGUUCCCGCUACAAGAAGGUGGUUUACAGAGAGUACACCGAUGAGACUUUUCAUUUCAAGAAGAGCAGGUCCCCCAGCCAAAAGCACCUGGAAAUACUGGGCCCCAUUAUCAAAGCUGAAGUUGGUGAACAAAUUAUUGUUACGUUCAAGAAUAAAGCCACAAGACCCUAUUCACUAACAGCACAGGGGAUCAGAUCAAGUGGGUCCCAUGUCCAUGUACAACCAGGGUAUGUCCUUCAGCUGACCUGGGACAUUCCUCCAAGUGCUGGUCCAGGAGAUUCUGAUCCUGAUUGUAUCACUUAUGCCUACUAUUCAACUGUAGAUUUUAUUAAGGACAUGUACAGUGGUCUCCUGGGACCCCUGGUGGUGUGUCGUCCUGGGACGCUAACAUCAGACAGAAAGAUUGUGAAUGUGGACAAAGAAUUUGCUCUUCUAUUUAUGGUUUAUGACGAAAACCAAUCCUGGUAUUUGGAUGAAAACAUCAGAACGUACCUGGGAGUUGACCCUGACAACGUCACAGAUGAUGCAGAUUUUAUGGAGAGCAACAUGAUGCACGGGAUCAAUGGUAAAGUGUAUGGGAACCUCCAGGGCCUGGUGAUGACCGAGGGCCAGAGGGUCAACUGGUAUCUGCUGGGAAUGGGCAAUGAGGUGGACAUGCACACAGUCCACUUCCACGCUCAGACAUUCACAUACAGGACCGACCGUGUGCACCGUGCUGAUGUGUUUGACCUCUUUCCGGGGACCUUUCAGACAAUAGAGAUGGUGGCACAGAGCCCAGGCACAUGGCUACUGCACUGUCAUGUAAGCGACCAUAUACACGCAGGCAUGGAGACCGUCUAUACUAUUCAAGGUAUUUUUCAUCUAACACAAUCCCCGGGCACAGGAUGCAGUUUGGAUGGCUGUGUGGUGACGCUGCUGUUGGGGCUAGGACUUCUGAGUGUAUCCAGACUUUACUAAAUAAGGGGAAAACCACAAUGAGCCACUAUUAAUGCACUCAAGCCUAAAGAGUCACACAUGUUGCUUUUUUGGCUUUAUCAAAUACGUGUCUAUAAUGUGUGAUUUUUUUAUUUUUAUUAUUUUGUACCUAUGAACUGCUGCUUUGAAUUUGUGCAUUGUAAUGUAUUUAUAUGGCCCUAAAAACAAAGUAUCUGACCAAAUAUCAAGUUGCAGAAUGUGCAAUAAAAUGUGUUUUUGUGUUGUAGACAAUGGCUUUUGUUCAAAACAUUUUGUCCACACGGGGGCGUGUUUUUACACAAAAUUACCAACGUAAUCAGACACUCUGAGGUGGAUAAGUAAAAUGGUACAACAUUUUUAUAGUCAGCUAUCUUCACUCUUCGUUCAACAACGGUCAACAACAGCCGAAUAAAAAGUCAUGAGCAGGGUAAAUGUUUGGAUAGGCUCCUGUAACGCGUUUGAUCAAUAAAUGUUUGGAUAGGCUCCUGUAACGCGUUUGAUUAAUAAAUGUUUCGAUAGUGGACUGAGUUGUCUGCGUUUGUUUGAAUUUGUAUAAUUCACCAUCAGUAUCUUUCUCUAUCUUGCACUAUCUGAGUUAAUCAAUUGUGUUUCCAUAACAAACAGGCGGUAUGUCACUGAUCACAGCGCACAUCUCCAUAUGAUGGAGUUCAGAUGGCACCAGUGAUGUCUCUAAUUGAUUUGCAUAUUGAUAAUAAAGCCUAUGACUAACCUG